UAUAUGUGUGUGUAAAUUGUCAACAACCCCGUCACCACUCUUUGGGAUUCUGUUAAAAAAAAAGUGUUGAGAGACAAAAAGCGAAAGGGCAAAAUAACAUUCCAAAAUUCUAUCGUUAUUCAACAUUGGUGUGCAAAGAUUGCAUUUUAUUUGCGUUUCUUUUUUCACUUUUAAAACUAGAAGGAGAAAAUGGCGGAGGAUGAUGGUGAAGGGGAACAGAAGGGUGCAGCAGAGCUAAUUCCAAGAAAAUCUGAGCCAUCUAAUAGGUGGGCAACCUUUAAUCGAGAUCUAAUGGCGGGGGCAGUUAUGGGUGGUGCUGUGCACACGAUUGUGGCACCAAUUGAGCGAGCAAAGCUAUUGUUGCAGACCCAAGAAAGCAAUCUAUCAAUCUUGAGUGGUCCUCAUAGGAGGUUCAAAGGCAUGCUUGAUUGCAUACGGAGCAUUGUUAAGGAAGAAGGGGUUAUUUCCCUUUGGAGGGGCAAUGGUAGCAGCGUCCUCAGAUAUUACCCUUCUGUCGCUCUAAACUUCUCUCUAAAGGAUCUCUAUAGGAAUAUUUUACAUAGCAACUUUCAAGAGGGUCACUUUUUGGCUGGUUCAUCGGCUAAUUUUUUUGCUGGGUCUGCAGCUGGUUGUACAACAUUGGUCAUUAUUUAUCCACUAGAUAUUGCACAUACACGACUCGCAGCUGACCUUGGUCGGUAUGAAACUCGUCAGUUCCGUGGCAUUUACCACUUUUUGAGGACAAUACAUGAGAAAGAUGGAAUUCGAGGCAUUUACAGGGGGCUUCCUGCUUCUCUCCAUGGAAUGAUUGUUCAUAGAGGGCUUUACUUUGGAGGUUUUGACACCAUAAAAGACAGGAUGGCUGAAAAUUCUGAGACAGAGGUGCCAUUAUGGAAACGCUGGUUUGUUGCUCAGGCAGUCACAACAUCUGCUGGGCUGUUUUCCUAUCCUUUAGAUACAGUUCGGAGGCGAAUGAUGAUGCAAUCUGGCUUAGAAAAGCCAAUGUACAGAAGCACAUUUGAUUGUUGGCGGAGGAUUUACAAGACAGAAGGAUUUACUUCAUUUUACCGUGGAGCUCUGUCAAAUAUUUUCAGAAGUACUGGUGCAGCAGCUGUUUUAGUGUUAUAUGAUGAGGUCAAAAAGUUCAUGAAUUGGAGUGGAUUAUAGCAAUAGGUGUUUCAUGUCCAUAUUAUAUAAUCAUCAUACAAAUGGAAUUAGGAGUACAAAGACCCAAAUAUGUUAGCCUUACUUUGUAGGGAUGCAUUUUGAUAGCCUCAAAAGUGACAAACAUACAAUGUUGUAAAACAUGUCCUGAUUCUUUGGAUCACAAUAAAUAUCACAACAUUUCACAAUCAAA